AUGCUUACAAAGCUGUUUAUGUCUGAACAGAUUAUGUCUCUUCUUCUCAAGUCUCUUUUCAGUGUAUUCUUGUAAUUUUGAUAUGGAUCAUCAAGGCCCUUUUUAAGAAUGACUUCUCAAUUGGUCAUCUUCGCUGCACAUUUGAUUCUCUUCGUGUUGGUAUGGCUUGUCGCUGCCACAAACACAGUCCCAGUGCUCUCCUAUCUUCCAGAAUGUUUGCACACGUUUGUAUAUUAUGUAAGUUUCAACUCUCGUACUGAAAAUAAAUUGGAUUCUGUUCCAGGCGCCUAUCUACGCUGUUUUAACUCUUGGAGUAAGUUAAUUUCUGUUAAAAAGACGGUUUUUAUUCAUCUUUGUUCCAGAUUUACGCAGUUUUUAAUGUUGUCUCCGGAGUGGCCACUUUCAACGACUGUUCAGCAGCAAAAGAAGAGCUGUUAAGAGAGAUCAAAGAGGCGAGAGAGGAACUGAAGCAGAAGAAAAUCAUUGAGUAG